AUGGGGGGAGGGGGGGGGGGGGGGGGGGGGGGGUGCACUAAAGAGCCACACCGUCAGGAUGAUGCUGUGGCUGUAGGGUGUUCAUUGAACACUCUGACAGCUGAUUCGGUCCGUGCGGACACACACUGCAGAUUCAGAGUGACAGCACUGCGGUGUUCUCCCACAAGGUCAUUGCAGCGCGCGGACCGCGGCUCCGAGAGCGUCAUAUCCCGACCCCACAGGCCCCGUGCGUGCGCAGUGCCCCAAAGACUGAGGCCACAUCUCCCUCAUCCUUCCUGCCUCGUCCUGCCGCUUUCUGCCGCGUCCUGCCGCGUCCUCGUGUCCUCUGCCACCGCCUCCUCGUCCGCGCGUCAUCACCGGACUGUUCUCCAAACGCACGGAGUCAAACCCCGCGCGCCGCGCCCCGCGUGCCGCCGCCUCCACAUCAGACACAAAGAUCCUAAAGGUCGUUAG